CGAUACAGUAGGUGGCGGUAUGCACCCUUUACGUUGGUUAGCGAUCCGCCAAUAAACACAAAGAGGAAGAACGUCGGACGUAAACAUGUCAAGGUCCGAAGGCUGUGGGCGGACGAACCGGUCUGAGGUCCAGGAUGACUCAGGUGAGCCAUCAGCAGUGGGGAGAGGUGCCCGGCCUGGGCAGUGUGGACCUGUGGGUCCUCCAGUCCUCCCAGGUGCGCGUGGAGGUUCUCACCCUGGGUGCCAUCAUCAGGUCUGUGUGCAGCAGAGGGAAAGAUGGUCAGAAGGAAGAUGUAGUCCUGGGCUAUGAUGACCUGGAAGGUUAUGUGUCAGAUAAGCGGUACCUGGGAGCUAUAGUGGGCCGCGUGGCCAACAGGAUCGCACAGGGACGCUUUGUAGUGGAGGGAAGAGAGUUCCAACUAGAUGUCAAUAAUGGACCUAAUGCACUGCAUGGAGGCCUGCGGGGCUUCAACAAGUUGCAGGCUAUCUGGCUUGCUACAGCAGUGGAAGGUGGUGUACAGCUGAGUCUCACUAGUCCAGAUGGAGACCAGGGUUAUCCUGGAGAGGUCCAGGUCUCUGUCUCCUACACCGUACAGGGGGAAACACUAACUGUUGAAUACCAAGCCCGGUCUACAAAAACCACCCCCAUCAAUCUCACCAACCACUCCUACUUCAACCUGGCUGGACAGGGUGCAACAGAUAUCUACGAUCAUCAGGUGUCCAUCACUGCACAGUCCUACCUGCCUGUGGAUGACACAUCGAUUCCUACAGGAGAGAUCAGAGGAGUGGAAGGCACGCCCUUUGACCUCAGAAAGCCUGUUCUUAUUGGCCCUCGGCUGAAGGAAGUUCCAGGUCCAGGGUUUGACCACAAUUUCUGUCUGUCAUCACCUGGAGACGUCUGGACAGAGAGGCAUGCUGCCAGAGUGUGUCACCCAGCCAGUGGACGUGUCCUGGAGGUUUCUACCAGCCAACCAGGAGUCCAAUUCUAUACUGCCAACUUCCUGGAUGGCUCGAUGACAGGAAAGGGCGGGGCCAGGUACAGGAAGCACAGCUCCUUCUGUCUAGAGACACAGAAUUGGCCUGAUGCUGUCAACCAGACUUCGUUUCCUGACUGUCUUCUGCGUCCUGGUGAGGAUUACCAACAUGUCACUCGCUUCACCUUCACCACUGUCUGACCUCUACAAACAGUAGGACAGAAAAGAAGAAAACUGGGUACUUUUAAGUAGAAAAUGAAGUGACAGUAUACAGUAUGAUCAUGUUCCACACAGUUCAGCAGCAAGGUUAGUUCCCGACUGUGGAACUGUGUCAUUUGAUGUAUAUUUUGGUAAUGUGAAGAACUUUACCACAGCGAUAUGAUGGUUGCCUGCUUUGCAUGCACAGUAAUUACAGCCUGUGCAUGUAAGGUGACAUGAUGCUGAUGCCAAUGUACUAAUGUGAUUUAUGAUCCUCUGCAAUGCCAUUCUUACAUUAAACAUGAAAAGUAAUAAAGAGCGUACUCACUCAA